UGGGGAUGAAACCACAUAAUCUUUCGUUUGGGUGUUUGAAACUUUUCUGAAGGCUAUGGGAGGAAAGCACCCUAUAUCAAUUUUCACUGAUCAAGAUGCAGCUAUUGCUGCUGGAAUAGAACAGGUUUUUCCUUCUUCAAGACACAGGUUAUGCUUGUGGCACUUGAGUAAAAAUGCAAACAGUAGGUUUGGUUUAUUGAAGUCUGAUAAAAACUUCAAAAACGCAUUCUACAAGUGUUUAAGUGGGUGUAUAACACCAAAUGAUUUUGAAGAAACUUGGAAAUCUAUGAUCAACACUUUUAAGCUGGAAAAAGAUGACUGGUUCAACAGAUUGUAUGGUCUUAAAGAAAAAUGGUGUACAGCUUUAAGUAAAGAUUUUUUUUCUGCCGGUAUACUUUCUUCACAAAGAAGUGAAAGUACAAACCAUGCUGUUGGUUUUAAAGCAAAUAAAAGUACAACAUUAACAGAGUUCUAUAGUAUUUUUCAAGCUACAAUAAAUCGAUGGAGAAAAACCGAAGAAAAAGACGACUUUGACUGUACAAGGGGAAUACCAACUUCAGAGCUAAGUAUGAGUGCUAUAUUAAAACAGGCAGCAAAUGUAUACACGAUAACACUUUUUCGUGAUUUUGAAGAAGAGUUCAAGCUUUCUGUGGCAAGUAGUACAAUGUUCAAGGGAAGUGUAGGAAGAACAGUGUUUUUUGAAGUGUGGAUAGAAGGAAUAACAGGAUCAAGGCAAGAAGUUCAAUACAAAAUGGAAGAUUCAACCGUCACUUGCACAUGCAAAAACUUUGAAGAAUCUGGAUGGUUGUGCUUCCAUUGUUUAAGAAUAUUGCAUAUACAUUCAAUCAAUACAAUUCCAGAUCGUUACAUAACAACAAGAUGGACUAGAUAUGCAAAGAAACAGAUAUGGGAAAGGGUUGAUACAAUAAAAAGGGAGAAAGGUGAAAUCAACAAUUUUACUGGUUGGAGAUUACAUAUGAUCAGAAGAUACUAUAACUUAAUUUUGAAAGGGCAUAAGAUAGCAAAGGCCAGAAAAUUUAUCGAGGAGAAGUUUAAAAUGGAUAAUAAAGCAGUUGAUGAAAUCAUAAAAAAGGAAGAAGAAAGGAAGGCAAAAGAAGAAGCUGCAAAGAUAGCAGAACAAGAAAAGGCAAAAGCUGAAGCACAACGAGAAACACAAGACGGGGAAUCAACUAAUUCUGAAAUAACAAUUGUGCUUGAUCCUGAUCGUGCUAAUACUAAAGGAAAGAGUAAGAAGAGAAUAAAGGGUCAAUAUGACAAUUACAAGCAGCCAUCAAAGAAAGGAAAAAAGAAACACAAAGAAUUUGGAUCCAAGACACCCAAUAUUCAAUUAUUUAUACCUAAAGAACAACUAUUUUAGUGAUGUUCUUGUUUUAUUAUCAUAUACAGUUACUUCAACAUUUU